AUGGCUAAAGUUGAGGAUGGGGAGAUCAAAUCUUAUUCUCGACAUAAGGCAAAGCGUGCGCAUAGUUCAAGUAGCAGUGAAAGUGAAUCUCGAGAUGCUGUUGAAAAUGGAACAUCUAAGAAGGAACGCUUGGAAGAACAGCGUAAGAAAGAUGAGAAAAGAGCCGAAGAGGAAAGGAUUACGCGUCAACAAUGGGCAGAGUCAAAAAUUCUUGAGGAGGAAGUGGCAAGACGACUAGAAAGAUACUUAGAAGCUGAGCUUGCCGUUUUACUUAAAGAAAGAGAGGCUGAAUUUAAUGCAGAAAUCGAAAGGCGCGUUGCAAUUGAGCAAGAAGCUCUUGAGAGACGCCGAAAUGAGGAGGCUGCAAGAAAAGCCCGCGAAGAAGAGGAAGAGAGACUCCGAAAAGAGGAGGAAGAGCGCCAACUCAAAGAGCUAAAUGAACGUUUGGCUCGACAACGUGAAGAAGAAUUAAGUGAACUUCGACGAAAAGAGGAAGAGAUAAGGCAGAAACAGUAUGAGGAAGAAUUACGAAAGCUGGAGGAAAAACAGAGACAAGAGGCUGAGGAACAGAGACGAAUUAAGCGAGAACAAGAGAUCAUCUUGAAUCGGAAACGGGUUCGUCCAAAGCUUUGCUUUUCUUUAAAGAAAUGA